ACCUGGAACGCCACGGGAAGAGGACCAGGGUUGUUGGUGUUGAGGUAGAGAUAAAAGCAGCAAUCGGUAUUUGUUUAUUCAGAGAUAAAGACGUAAAACCACAUGGUUUAUAUAUAUAUAUGGGGAGAUGAACGGCCACAUCGUCUAUUAAGGAUGAAAACGCAGUGAAGGUGGUGAUGAACGGAUGAUAAUCUUUCUGUCGGAACGUUGUCAUGAAAGGACGAUGAUAGUCUUGCCGUCUGAACGUUGUCAUUAAACAAGAUGCAUGUUGCAAAAAGCUGCUUAUUACUUAUGAAAAAGAUGGUUUUCCUUUAGAAUGCAUGCAUUAGCAUCAGUAAUGUCGGGCUACAGGAAUAUGAGCGAGGUUCGCACAGUACUCGUUUAAAAUGGUGAACGUGAGCUAUAGUUCGUGAAUUAAAUACUGUUAUUAAAAAAGCAAAGCGAAAUAUAUAUAUAUAUCUUAUCAUGAUAGGAUUGCACUGACUGUAUACCGAGUUGUACCGAGAUUGCUAUUUUACUAUACGUAUAGUCUAGUGUAUAAAAAACUUUGUUUCUUGAUAUAUAUAUAAAAAACGAACUGUUUAUAUAUUUAGAAUUACUGAGCUAAUCGGUGCUAUUUUUUUCUCUAUUUUAAUCCGAUUCCUCGCGAAAAUACACAGUGGGUGCACAUCCUAGCGGCAGAUUCAUCAGAAAAAAAAAUGUUCUUUUAAACGCGCGUCGGUCCAAUAUUUAGCCAGUUCGGGUAGCUCCGUUUUACGCAGCGCCUGGGGGCAGGAUGGCUUCGGAGUCUGUGAAAGUCGUGGUCCGGUGUCGACCGACGAACGACCGGGAGAAGGCGUUGAACUGCAAGACGGUGGUGACCAUGGACCCCAGCCUCUGUCAGUGCUUCAUCCAGAAGCCGGGAGCCACCGACGAACCGCCCAAACAGUUCACCUUCGACGGCACCUACUUCAGCGAUCAGACCACAGAGCAGCUGUACAAUGAGAUCGCCUAUCCGCUGGUGGAGGGGGUGACUGAGGGCUACAAUGGGACCAUCUUCGCUUAUGGGCAGACAGGCAGUGGCAAGUCAUUCACCAUGCAGGGGGUCCCCGAGCCCCCCAGCCAGAGAGGUGUGAUACCCCGAGCCUUCGAGCACAUCUUUGAGAGCAUACAGUGUGCAGAAAAUACAAAGUUCCUUGUAAGAGCUUCCUACCUUGAAAUCUACAAUGAGGAAAUUCGAGACCUCCUGGGAAAUGACACCAAACAGAAACUGGAGCUGAAGGAGCACCCGGAAUGGGGCGUAUAUGUGCGGGAUCUGUCCAUGCAUGUGGUGCACAGCGUGGGGGAGUGUGAGCGCAUCAUGGAUCAAGGCUGGAAAAACCGUUCAGUGGGCUACACCCUAAUGAACAAGGACUCCUCUCGUUCCCACUCCAUCUUCACCAUUCACCUGGAGAUCUGCAACACUGAUGCAGGCGGGAAGGAUCAUCUGAGGGCAGGGAAGCUGAAUCUGGUGGACUUGGCUGGCAGCGAGCGUCAGUCCAAGACCGGCGCCACUGGGGAGCGGCUGCGAGAGGCCACCAAGAUCAACCUGUCCCUGUCGGCGCUUGGCAAUGUCAUCUCGGCGCUGGUGGAUGGGCGCGCCAAGCACAUCCCCUAUCGCGACUCCAAGCUUACCCGCCUGCUGCAGGACUCUCUCGGGGGCAACACGCGCACCCUCAUGGUGGCCUGCCUCUCGCCAGCGGAUAACAACUACGAGGAGAGCCUGAGCACCCUCCGCUACGCCAACCGUGCCAAGAGCAUCCAGAACCGGCCCCGCAUCAAUGAGGACCCGAAGGAUGCCCUCCUGCGGGAGUACCAGGAGGAAAUCAAGCAGCUCCGUUCUCUCCUGUCCGGGCAGCUGGGAGAUGUUCACAUUUCCACUCUGCUGGCCAGCAAGGUCUCGGGAGCACCCGGUGUCGUACAGUCUCAGCCCUUCUCCAGCUCUGCCUCAGACAGUGAGGACGAGAAAGAGAAGAUAAGGCAGGAGUAUGAGGAGAAGCUGGCAAGGCUGCAGGCGGAAUACGAUGCAGAGCAGGAGUCGAAGGCCAAGCUACAGGAGGAUAUUGCUGCACUUCGCACCUCCUACGAAGCCAAACUGUCCAGCCUGGGUAGACAGACACUAAGCACAGGCCGAGUCUCCAGUACAGGGGUCCCUUGCACUGCGGUAGAGGCUGCUGAUGAGGAUCUGUCUCGACCCGGCACUGCUGCCCCCCAGGACGUCUCCGGAGUGGAACAGUCCCUGGCCAAGGUGCAUGUGAGCCAGCCACAGGUGUCCCGGCACACUGGCACAGGGGGAGAGGAGCAGACCGAGGUGCCCCCCAGCGCCACACCAGGACCCCUGGACCAGAAACACGCACUGGAGAGGCUGCAGCAGCUGGAGCAGGAGUUCGUCGGGGGAGAGCAGGCACGCAACGAGGAGCUGCGGCAGCGGCACCGGCAGAGGCAGCGCCUGGCGGACCAGCGGAAGAGGCAGCUGGUGGAGGCGCUGAGCGAGAACGGCGAGGAGGGCGAGAGCGUGCUGCUCCAGGUCUAUGACUCCAUCCAGGAGGAGGUGCAUGCCAAGAGCAGGCUGCUGGAAAACUCACAGAAGAAGCUGAAGGCUGCGCGGAUCGAGAUCCAGGACCUGCAGUCCGAGUUUGAGCUGGAGCGCAUCGACUACCUGGCUGCCAUCCGCCGGCUGGAGCGCGAGGCUCAGCUCCUGCAGCAGAUCCUGGAGCGCGUGCAGCCGCUCAUCCGGCGCGACUGCAACUAUAGCAACGUGGACCGCCUGCGUCGGGAGGCUGUCUGGGAUGAGGACGGCGCCACCUGGAGGCUGCCAGAGGUGGUGGUACAGAAAACGUCCCUGCCUGCAGUACCCCCUCUGGGUUCAGGCAACAUGGCCAAUCAGGGUCGGCUCUCAGGGCGGAGGAACUCUUCGGCGGAGAAUGGAGAGUCGCUGCUGGAGGAGGACAGGUACAAGGAGAUGCUGAACCGCAGUGAUAGCGAAAACAUUGCCAGCAACUACUUCAGAUCAAAGAGAGCCAGCCAGCUCCUCAGCUCUGACCCCAUGAAAAGCCUGGCUUCACACACUGCCCCUCUUGGUAAUGGAAUGUCCCACCUGACCUCCAGUGGAGCCAAUAUAUCCCCUGCACCUGGCCUUGACCCCCUCCAGCCCCGCCCUUUCCGCCUGGAGUCCCUGGGACUGCCCCCGCCAGUGGCCAAGGUCAAGCGCAAGAAAAGCAAAACCAGCAGCCCCAGUGAUGGUAACUGAGCCAGCAGGGUGAACCUGAACUGGCACAGAAAUGUAGCCUUCCCAGUCCGGUGCAAAACGCAGCUCUACUGAGAUAAUGUCAUGCUCUGUAAAGAAGGAGAAUUCCCAAGCUUAGAACAUACAGUUGACUUUCCAUCAAGUUGGAGCUGUGCUUCGAAGUGAAAUGUAUCCUAUUAUGUUGGGUCACCAAGUCAUAUUGCAAAGAGGCAAUGGGAAAAAAUUCUUCUAGCCUUUAAAUGGGAAUAAUUCAGACACAAAAACGUUAAACAUACUGUACCACUUUCGCUUCAUUGUGCUAGGAUUAUGCUAAAUCAUCAAUUAUUGCUCUAGUCUAAGGUGUCUGUGGGAGGCCUGAAAAUCAGUGUGUGCAAUGAUCUUACCUCCACGCUGCACAAGGGAAUAGCAGAAGAGCCAAGAGAAAUAUUUUAUUUAUUCACAAAGGACAUACCGUUGCACGUAAAGGUAAAGUUAACCAUUUGUAAGCCAUCUGCAGGAUUUAUGUCAUUGUUUAGGUUUAUGGAACACUUUGCCAAAAACAUCUGUACUUUACAAACAUGAAGACGUUGAAAGUAACCAAGCAUCAUGUAUAAGAGCAGCUAUUUGAAUGUUAUUAUUAUUAUUAUUAUUAUUAUUAUUAUUAUUAUUAUUAUUAUUGCUGUUAUUGUUGUUGCUGAUGGUGAUUUUCUCUUCCAUCUUCGUUCCAUAGUAGUCUGCAGGAAUAGUGGAAACAUGCCAAAGUAGCACAGCAGUACAGAAUUUUUAAAACUGUUUUUUAACAGGUCAGUUUACUUACUUUUAUGACAUUAUGUAUACUUAUCAGAAAACAAAUGUGAAAAAUAAAAAAGUAUUCUUUGGCAGUCUUUAAUUUGAAUUUCUCUAAUUUGAAAAUGAGAAAAAUGAUUUUAUGAUAAUACUUUUGUGUAGAUUAAACUGUGAUGAUGUAAUGUGCAUUUAAAAUAUUGGAAGUACAUAUUGAAAGUAAAUAUUGUAAGUACAAAGAC